CUCAAAACCUCUCCGCCCUCGUCCGGCAUCUCCCACCCCACUCCUCUCUGUCGUCCCAGACGUCCGUCGCUCGUUUGCAUUGCGUUCGUUUACGAUUCUUCGUCGCAGCCACUCCUUUCUGCUACGCCGCACCAUUCGAUCGCUCUCUCGUCGCUCACUUAUACGGGACGAGAAACCCGGUGUGGUCUGCCAAACACGCUCGCUUCUCUCACCCGCCCACAAAGACAAGACACACGCACACGCACACGACCGUACCGUCAUCGUCUUCUCGACGCUAUCCAUUCUCUUUUCAUUUUCUACGGCCGUCCUAGCGACGCCGGGUCCCGCACACUUACACCAUCGACACUGAGAUUCGCGACGUUCUCGGUGCUGAAUCAUUCGUUGUCCUGCCGCUCGAGCGAGCCGAAGCCCCAGCAAUCACUCGUCCCGCCCGGCAGACGAACGGCCCUUGCCCGUCAUGAAGCUGUCUUCUUUGCAGGCCCUUCUGGCAUCGGCCACAAUAGCGCUCUCUGGCACGGGUGUCGAAGCUAGUAGCGCGCAUCAGAGGCUGCAUCAGCUCGACCGCAAAGUCUCGCAUCUGGGCGGCCAUGGUCACGCGCACGCGCAUUUCCAAUCCGAAAACGAAUCCGUCAAGAAGCGAGCAGGAACUUGCAGCUUCUUCCAGCACGAAAGCGUUCUUGCCGUCACACCUAGUGGCAUGAACGCUGGCUGGGGCAUCCCCAGCGACCGGGAAUGCACGUGUGGCAGUUACUGUCCCUAUGUCUGCAAAUCUCCGUUGCUUCUGGCUCAGUGGAAGCCAGGCACGACGUACAAGCCUGCCGAGUCCAUGUUGGGCGGACUGUUCUGCGACAAGAGUGGCGAGCUCUCGAAGCCGUUUCCCGAUAGGCCGUAUUGUGUUCGGGGCGUUGAGUCUGUCAAGGUCAUCAACAAGUGCAAGAGCCAACUGUCCUGGUGCCAGACUAUGCUGCCCGGAGACGAGUCCAUGAUCAUCCCCACGCUUAUCAAGACGGAAUCGCUUAUCGCCGUCCCGGAUGAAAAGUAUUGGGCCAGCACAGCUGCUCACUACUACAUCAACCCCCCCGGCACUGGUGAAGAGGAUUGCAAGUGGGGUGAUGACAAGGAGCCUAUUGGAAACUGGGCUCCUUUCGUUGCCGGCGCGAACGCAGCGGGCGGCAAGACGUAUGUCAAGCUGGGCUGGAACCCCAAGUGGGAAGAGCAACCCAAGUUCAAGGCCUCGGGACCCGGCUUUGGCCUGAGAGUCGAGUGCCCCGACGGCGGCUGCAACGGCCUGCCAUGUGAGAUCGAUCCUUCAUCCGGCAGUGGCAAAGUCGGGAGUAAGCUUGCGGCGACCGGCGCUGGCGGCUCUGAUUUCUGCGUCGUGACCGUCGAGGAGGGCAAGAUGGCACAUAUCGUCAUGUUUGAUGGCUCUGGUGGCCCCAAGCCCUCCUCACCCAAGCAGGAAACCUCCACAUCGGCUCCUCCUCCUCCUCCGCCACCAAAGGAAACGUCUACCACGGUGCAGCCCACCACUUCUACCUCCUCGCCCCCACCGAUGACCCCUUCAAGCUCGGUGGCCGCCACAACGAAUAGCACCUCUUCCGAGGUGUACACGACCCCUGAGUCCACCGCUACGUCUACCAAGAAGGAGCUGCCAACGCUGGUGCCCGGUAUCUUCCACGAAAACACCACCACGUCGACUGGCUCCAACCUGAAUAUCACCAGUACAGUCUCGGGCCCCUCGACGACGUCCUCGGACGAACCGCCCAAGACUCACCACACAGUGAACGAGGCUGGUCGGCAGCAGGGCAGCGCCGCUGUGGCCGGCUUGGUUGUGGCGUUCAUCGCGGCAGCCGUCCUCUUUUAGUAGGCCAUGCCGAAAUGCCUUGAACCACGGCCGGCCGGUUGGAUUUAAUUCUUUGUCAAUCUUUGACAUGCCCGUCGCCAGGUCGGCUGUUCUCCUUCUCCUGUCUAGGGAGUUUUUUUUAUAUGGUUUUAUGAUUCAACGGAGACGCAUACUUUUUCCCUUCCUUGCGGCUGGUCUUUGCACAUUCCGCCGCCCCUCAUUCUUGGGCCGCGCUGCUCGAACGCAGCGUUCUGUUCGCCUACAUAUAGGGCUUCGCGAACUUGGCGCGUUUCUUCCUCCGUCUGGAUCAACGCGACCCUGACCUUGGGGCUCUCGGUUAAGACGGUCCCGCCAUCCUAUAUGAGUGGAGUCCAUGACUCGGAUGGGCUUCUCGACAGCCGCUCAUCUUCUUGGGCCACAUUUUUUUUUAAUUCUCGGUCGAUACCCUUUUACGCAUUGGUGAUUUUCGGGCUGGCUGGGGGUUGGAAACAGCGAAGGAGGUUUUAUUUGGACGAUUUUCACGUACAUUGGGGAUGACGGGAGAUUGGAGUUGGCCGCAUUAUCAUACUUGUUGACAAGCUUUGUCGGGGGGAGAGGGGUGUUGGCCCUUAUUUCGGGGUCGAGCCUACUGGGUCUCGUCACAUUUUGGAUAUGCUCACGUGGCUAAAUGGGACGGCACGCUCGCAAAGCAUGCAUUCAUCAUGUUGGAUCAUUCGUGCAUGCGUCGUGAUCGGGAUCUGUACACGCAUGGCAGUGCAUACUCGUGACAUACAAACCGUUUAAAACUGAU